AUGGGGCCCGUGGCCCUCACCCUGCACCCCCCUCUCUACCCUUCCUCACCCCUGCUCUCUCUCCCCGUCCCUCUCCUUGCACUCCCCCGCACUCCUGCCGCCCCUCUCUCCGUCCCCCUGAUCUCCCUCUCCCCCACCUGGCGGCCUCCUUUGCCGCCUUUGGUUUUGGGCGAGGCUAUAUAUGAAAACUUAUGGCUUUGGUUAUUGUUUCAGAUUAUACAUCUUUUUUUUUCUUUCCCCAGGGCCGAUUACUGGAAAUCUCAGCCUAAAAAAUUCUGCGAUUACUGCAAGUGCUGGAUAGCAGACAACAGACCUAGCAUUGAUUUUCAUGAAAGAGGAAAGAAUCAUAAAGAAAAUGUGGCAAAGAGAAUUAGUGAGAUUAGGAAGAAAAGCUUGGAAAAAGCAAAAGAAGAAGAAAACAUGUCAAAAGAAUUUGCAGCGAUGGAGGAGGCUGCAAUGAAAGCAUAUCAAGAAGAUAUGAAAAGGCUUGGAAUUAAGCCAGAUGAUGUAGGUUCCAGUUCAGCACAGAGUAAAAUGCAGAGUAACACAGUGGAAACUAAAGCAAAGAAAGAAAAGAAAGAGAAGAAGGAAAAGAAAGAAAAGAAAAAAAAGACACCUCAGGACGCCUCAAUGCCACCAAAACUUGAAACGAAGGAGUGGGUGCAAGGAUUAUCUCCCGAAGGCUAUACAUACUACUACAACACAAAAACUGGAGAAUCACAGUGGGAGAAACCUAAAGGAUUCCAAGGCAACUCUCAAAACUCACAAACGGGAGCAGAGUGGGUGGAAGGUGUCACUGAAGAUGGUCAUACCUAUUACUAUAACACACAAACUGGAGUAUCCACAUGGGAGAAACCUGAUGGUUUUGUUUCAUCUUCGAAUGAGAAGGGUCAGCAUGACAAGGCUGCAGAAACAACAUCUGACUCAGACUCAGAAGACAGUGAGAAUGAAGUGGAGAAUUCAGAAACAAACUUCAAGAGGAAAGGAGAUAAUGACGAAGAAUCAGUGGAAGGGAAAAAAUCUCCUAAAGCUAAAAAGUUAAGCCCUUAUGGGAAAUGGCGAGAAGUGAAGUCAGAAGAAACGGUGGAUAAAGAGGAGAGUACAUCAGCUUCCCAAGAAAUCUCUAGUGAUGAGUCUAAUAAGACCAACCCUUAUGGAAAAUGGAAAGCACUUAAAGAAGUAGGGGAAGAACAAGAAGAAGAAGCAGGUGAAAAAGUGGACCUGGAGCUUCCAAAUACAGAGAAUGACAAUGUAGCACCCCCAGUGCUAGAGGAUCCUGAAGAGGAAACAGUCAUAUUUAAAGAGAAGACAGUCACAUCCCUUGGAGACCUGACAGAAGGGAUGCCAACAUUUAAGAAGAGGAAAUUUGAAAAUGGAAAAUCUAGAAACUUAAGACAAAGACUAAGUGAUCAGUAAUACUUAACAAAUCAUUUUAGAUUCUGUUUAAGCUAGAGUGAAUCAAAAGUUUAAUAUUUUAAACAGGCUUUUAUAAAGAAAAUAUUGGAUAGAAGUUAAGGAUUUAUAGGUAUUAAAACAGACACGAGUUUAAUUUUUUUUAUUUUAUUUUGAUGUGAUUGGUUUUGGAAUAGAAGUUUGUGUUAAGUUUCUUAUGCAAUAUUGUAAAUACAUGUAUUCUUUAUUUUAACCAUGCCAUCCAAGUUCUAUUUGCUCUGUGUAUGCUAUUUUAGAUAGAUUUCAUAAGGUUUUUUACUCCUUUUCUAAAUAUGUAAGAAUGUAGUAAUCCUUAAUCUAACAAAAAUGAUGCAGACCAUUUAUUUUUAUAGAGGAACUGGAUCAAUAGAAUACACUAGAGAGUAAAAUCAUCCCCCAAGAUUGUUUAUGUGGUGUAGUUUCUCCACUAAUGAGUAAAAUAUUGUGCUUACUAACCUUCAUCUGAUCACUUGCAAAAGAGUGGGUGGUGAGACUGCCAACAUUUUAAACUGAUCAUUUAGAAGCUGUUUUUAGAAGAGUUAGUCACAUCAGUGCCACCCAUUCCAAAUGAUGUUCUGAAAAAUUUAUUUGUGUAUCUGCAUGGUAAAUGUAUUAAACCACUGCAGAAGUUUUGACUCUGCUGAAUCCUAACUUGUAGUAACAGCACCAGAGCCACCCCUGUUGGAGUAGACAUUUUUGUGAUGUCUUCCUGUCUCCUGCUUUAUUGUUGUCUAAUUGAAUUUUUCCUUCCUUUUAUUUAUCAAGUUUUCUUUUUUUAGUCUUGCUUUCUUUUUGUGUCUUUCCUAGCCAAAAAAACACUUUCCUGAUCUUUUAGUGAAAAAAUACUCUAGAGACUUGGCCCUGCUACAGCAUACAGGACCAUUUCUGAGGUGGUUGUGUUUUUUCUGUUGGUAAGAAGUGUGUGUUUUUAUGGUUUUAGUGUUUGAUAAGCUGAGAGGGUCUAAGUGUGUUGAAGCUUCAUCAUUCUCAGUACCAUAGGGCAGGAAACCAAAAGAUCAGCAGAGCUUAUGGCUGUAGAGUCUAAGAUGACUUGGAUAAUUUCUUAAGGAUUGUAGAUUGGAUUUCUUCGCUUGGUGAGAUUGGUCUGCAUUUAGCAUAACCAGAAUUCAUUGUCUGUGUCAGAAUAUAGCUGCACUCAUUGCUUCUCUAGCCAUCAAACAGUGACCCAUAAAGGUCCAAAUAAUGAAUCUGUUAAAAACUAUAUCUCUAUUCUUAAAGCUCAAGGUGUUUUAUUUAGGAGAGUCUCAGUCAUAAAAAAAGGCAUGCAGCUCAGGCUGUUGUCAAGAAUCUAGCAAAAUAGAGUUGGUAACUGCUGAGCUUGAAUUUCUUUGAGAAAACAACUAUUAAUCUGUUGUAUCAAUUGAGAAAGGAGUGCAAGACAGGGAACCUGGUUUAUUGUUUUGGUUUGGUUGUAUUGGUUUAUUACAAUGGAAGUUGAAGUUCUUUUUUCUAUUCUGUGACUUCUACUGUAUGUUUAGAAGAGAACUAAUUAUUGUAUUUAACCCCAUGUGUUUUCUUGGCUUCCUCAGGGUUGGUGCAUUUUGUCUGACGUUUGUUCUGAUAAAUUUGAAAGUUUGCUCUAAUACCUGACCCUGGAUUAUCAUUUAGAGAUGCAGGACACAUGGAAGAUGCUUCCAAGUCUGAGAUGCAGGAAUGUACAGCAUGUAUUCCAAGGAGUACAUGCUCUAACUUGAAGUUUCCUUGUGUUUGUGGCCAGUUUACUCUUCCAGUUUACACAAGUCCUGCCCUUGAGCUAAGUAGCUUUCCUUCAUCUUGAAUCCAUCACAUCUUCUCUCUUUGAAAUCACUAACAGCAUCCUUGUGUGACAGGAUCUUCAGUGUACCACCAGUACUUCUCUUCACCAGGCUGAGUCUGCCUGGACUACAUUUGGGUUUCCCUGGGCUAGUUCACCUCGAUUAAGGCCAUGCAUGAUGUCACCAAUACUUCUUUAGCAUAUUGGGAGUAACUCUUGAUACAUCCCUAAACGUCAUUUACUUUUCACAUGACCCCACACGCUGUCUGCCAUGGGCACCAUUACCAGUGACUUAUCACUACUUCUGAUUCUCUCUGCUCCUUUGCUUUGGCCAGCUGCUCAGUUACCCACUGGUCAAGCUUUCCUUUCAAGCACAAUUACUUUUUUCCUUAGACAUUUUUUGUACUACUGUACUCAUCAUCCUUUUGUUACUCCAAGUCUAAAGUAUAUGCAUUUCAUUAUGAUUUCUGAAAAGUUUUGGUGUAUUAGUAUUUAUUAGUUUUAUUGAAUAGUAUAGUGUUUUCUUGUAGGCUCCACUUUUAAUAUCCUCUGAGGAGGGUAGCUUUCCUCUUUUAGUGAGGUUCCCAAAACAUUAGCAUCUUUCCUUUAAAAUGUUUUGUUGCUUUGAAGUAGUCACAGGCAGCGAUUUAAGAUACCUGUAACUAAAUCUCUUGAGCAGAUGUUUAAAGACAUCUGAAAAUGAGUGUUCAAAACCUGUUUCCUUGUGGAGCUGCUGUUGAUUGUAAUAUGAGCCAAAGGUCUUUGUAUUGUGUUAGACAAACCAGAACAUUAGAAAAAAAGAUUAAAAGUUUUCUUUGCUCACAGCUAGUAAAGUUAGUUUAAAUACCAUACAUGUGAUUUUAGACUUUUAGAGCCUGCAUUUCACAAAGAAAUACAGCACUUUGCUCUCCACUACCUCUGAAAGUCAGAGACCAGUUAAUUCUUUGAUCUUAAGUGUAAAUUAUAUAAAGGGCCAGUUGAAUGAAUUUUAAUAUAUUCUAAGCCAUUGUUUAAUUUUGCAUCGUGCUCUCAUUCAAUUUCCUUGUGUGUAUCUAAACCAAAUAUUUUCUGCUCUACACAAAAAUAGUCUUGUGUGAGAUUUAAGGCAGACGUUGCUUUUCCAGGACAUCUGUUCUGCACAGAUCUCCCUCCCUUCUGUCCUAUCUCCCUGCAAACUCUUCUGCUUUUGAAAUUUCUUAUAGGAACCCUCUAGGUAUUGCCACAGUUAUGCUCCUCAUCUGCUAACCCUUCUUUGGGCUGUGCUGGCUUUUGACAAAGGAAUGUUCCUUUUACUGUUUCAGCCAAGCAUUGCCUUUUCUGGCCAAUCUAUUUUCUGUCAGACAGAGUGCUUUUAUCUGCUUGCCUGUUUUUAUUGCAAGCUCCUUGAGUGAGGACUACACCCUUGGUUUUAUAUGAUGUCAUAGAUAUUAUGAGUAAUAUGAGGAGAGCCAGAGAGCAAGGGGGAGUCAUUGCAGUUUCUGAUGGUGAUUUCUUCUGUGUGGUUUUGAGCCAGUCAGUUCACUGUUUUGUAUUUUUCUUCCCUUGCUUCAUGUUUUCAUCCAACUUGUCUGCUUAGAAAGGCAGCUUCACAGCAUAAGACUUGUGUGUGUUUUUACAGCAGGGCCUGCCUGAAGUUGGUGAUGCUUUUAGAAGCAAAUAUAUUGCAUAUACAGAAAAAAGAAAAAUUAUUUUUUUGGGCAUUUGCUAUGCCAGGAGCUGUGCAGAGACUGCUCAAUUUUACCCAUAGAAUAAUCCUUGUUCCUAUUUAGGCUAAAAUACCUUUUAAUCCUUCACGUGAGGAUUUGUAGAUUGAAAUCCACACUUUCGUAAUAAUAUAAAGUUUUGUUUGACCCUCAUAGAUAAUAUCUGUGCCUGCAGCAUCAUCCAGUUCCAAUAUUCAGUUUUAGAAGUGUGAGAGCUGGUCAUGAUGUGGGUCUGAGCUAAAUUCACUAACUUGUGUAUGUAUAAAAAUAUUUUUUCUUUUUCUUUUUUCUUCCCUGAAAGAAAUUUUAUUUCAGAGCAAAUUUUGGCAUCUCAGAAAGGGAGUAAAAAACAAUUUCAUGCUGCUUGGUUUCUUUGAUUAGUUUUUUGAGUGGUGUCUCCCCUUUUUUAGUACUUUUCGUAUUAUUGCUGUCUUCCUCGAAUUGUCUUCCUCCAGUAUUCCCAGAUAUGCAAAUCUCUAUCACCGCUGUGCCAUGUUUCUGGUGUCCUCCUUCACCUUCUCCCCUGCUCUGCUGAGAUUCCAGAAAGCUUCAUGUUCUUCUGUAGCCACUGUGUGUCCAGGCUUCUGCUGCCUGUGUGCACUGUGCCCUGAAGAACCCUGUCUGUUUUCCAGCAGCACACAAGCUAUUUCAUGACUUGACUACACGUGCUGUUUUGAUUUCCUUGGUAAUUCCUUUUCUCAAGACAGAUUCCAUUCCAUUCCUCCUACAGGGUUUGCAGCCCUUAGAUCUUUUUGCUUAUUGGUACAAAAGCUGUCUCUAUACCUCCUUCUGUCAGCUGUGGCAGCCCUUGGGUUCUGUUUUGUCAGCCAGAUCUCUUUAGUCUCUCUUCUAUCUACCUCUUAGGUGCCCCUAUCUUCUACCUGCUAAAUUAUUUAACUUAGAAUUUGUGUUAACCCUUUGUGUGAUUAACAGGUUUAGCUUUGUGAAAUGUUUCAGGAUAGAACUUGAGUAAAAGUUUCCAUAUAAAACAAAAAGUUUUGCAAAUUAUCAUCUCAAAAAGCUAAAUUUGCCCAAGAGGAUUCCCAGAGAGCCAGAUUCAGAUUCCUGGAGAAUUUGGGGAAUCCCCAGGAUUCUCAAAAGCAGAUUUGAUUUUACCUGUAAUACCGUAAACAGCCUGUGUCAAAAACCAGCAGACAGUGUUGAACAGACCAUGGGCUGGAGACAGUGGAUUUUAAUGGCUUGCUUGGGGUGAUUGAAAAGUGUUUGUUUUAGUUUAUAAGUAAUGUCUGCAAAGUUAAACAGCUGGUUUCUCUUCUCAGUUGCAAUUACAAAAUAUUGCAAGCUCUUGGAGUGGAAUUUAUAUGAAAAUACUGAAUAAAGCUUUUAUUUGACCAA